AUGGAGGGGUGGUUCAGCUUGUGUUUCAUUGCACUAGGCACACCGCUUGCCCUUUGGCUUCUCAAGCUCGCCGGCGCCGGCGGCAAGAACAAGCCACACAAGCACCAGCUGCCGCCAGGGCCAUGGACACUCCCGAUAAUCGGCAGCCUCCACCACGUCGUUAGCCUCGUCCCACACCGGCAAAUCACGCAGCUGUGUCGCCGAUAUGGGCCAAUGAUGCACCUGAAGCUAGGCGAGGUCGACGCCGUGGUGGUCUCCAGCGCCGAGGCGGUGGCGCAGGUGAUGAAGACCAACGACCUCGCGUUCUCCACCAGGCCAGGCACGCAGAUGCAGGACAUCGCCGGCUAUGGCGGCAGGGGCAUCAUCUUCGCCCCCUAUGGCGACCACUGGCGCCAGAUGCACAAGGUUUGCAUUGUGGAGCUGCUCAGCUCCAUGCAGGUCAGGCGCAUGGAGAGCAUCCGGCCAGAGGAGGUUGGCAACCUCCUGGCCGACAUCGCCACUGCUGCGGCGGCCGGCGACAGCAUCAACAUCAGCAAGAAGAUGAUGGAGGUCAGCAACAAUGUCAUGUCGCGGGCGGUGUUCGGCGGCAGGUUCACGCAGCAGGACGAGUACAUCCGCGAGUUAGACGUGGUGCUCACCCUGCUAGGCGGCUUCUGCCUCGUCGACCUCUUCCCAUUGUUGCGGUUGGCGCGGUGGCUCAGCUUCGGCGCACGGCGCAUGAAGAGGAGCUACAGCAACAUGCAAUGCAUCAUCGUCAAUGUGAUCGAGGAGCGCAAGGCCGCGCGAGCUGCUGGUGAUGGCGCCUCAAGCACCCACGACGAGGACCUACCGGACGUGCUGCUCAGGCUACAGAAGGAUGAUUCGUUGGCAUUUCCUCUAACCACAGAGAGCAUAUGCGCCGUCUUAUUUGAUAUAUUUUCUGGUGCCACAGAUACGACGGGAACAACUUUGGAAUGGGCUCUGUCAGAUCUCGUCCGUCAUCCUGAAACAAUGUUUAAGGCUCAACUAGAGAUAAGAAAAUUACUAUUCUGCAUGCAACCUUUGGAUUUCAGAACUUACCUCUAG